CCAGUGCGACUGGGCAAAGUUGCUGCGGGUUUGUGCCACCCCUCCCCCCCCUCGGCGUUUGUCUGUCUGGAAUGGAGCUGUCUAAAGAGGGGCCUGGAUCUUCCUUCCGUCUCUGCGCUGGGACUAGGUUUGGAGUGGGGGGAGGGGGAAAGAACCUGGGGUGGAGUUAGGCAGCUGCCUAUUUUCAUAUUCAUUAGGAAUGGGAGGCUGCCCGAAGAGCCCUGCUGAGUUUCAAGAUAUAAAAGCAACUUCUGGUCCCACUUUUCAAGACAAGACAAAUUAAAGACUCAGAGUGAAAACAGCUCCGGAGCUUUCUCUUUUCCUUCCUCCUCCUCUUCCUCCUUUCUCUCCUCAUCCUCUCUCCCUCCUUCACUCCUUCUCUUCUCCCUCCUGCCCUCCCCCAGCUCACAGUUCAGCCUCUGUGUUUCUAAAGGAGGCUUAGCAUCAGCCUUAGAUGAUUAUGGAUUUUCUGAGCGAGAAGUUUGCCUUGAAAAACCAGCCGAGUAAAAACAGUGACUUUUACAUGGGAGCAGGAGGCACUUUGGAGCACGUUAUGGAAACUUUAGACAAUGAGACCUUUUACAGCAAAACCUCCGCCAGCAAAUGUGUGCAGGCCUUCAAUCCUCUCCAAAGGGCAGAGCAUCAUGUGAGACUGGACAGGACAUCUCCCUGUCAGGAGAAUAAUGUGAACUAUGGGAUUACUAAAGUAGAAGGACAGCCUCUUCACACGGAGCUAAAUAGAGCCAUGGACAACUGUAACAGCCUCAGGAUGUCUCCAGUCAAAGGGAUGCAGGAAAAGGGAGAACUGGAUGAACUUGGUGAUAAAUGUGACAGCAAUGUAUCCAGCAGCAAGAAGAGAAGACAUAGAACCACCUUUACCAGUUUGCAGCUGGAAGAGCUGGAAAAAGUCUUCCAGAAAACACAUUAUCCUGAUGUGUAUGUCAGAGAACAGCUUGCUCUGAGGACAGAGCUGACUGAGGCCAGAGUCCAGGUUUGGUUUCAAAAUCGAAGAGCUAAAUGGAGAAAAAGAGAACGGUAUGGCCAAAUACAACAAGCUAAAAGCCAUUUUGCUGCCACCUAUGAUAUAUCUGUUUUACCACGGACAGACAGCUACCCACAGAUUCAAAACAAUAUGUGGGCAGGAAAUGCGACUGGUGGCUCUGUGGUUACUUCCUGCAUGUUGCCACGCGACACUUCUUCCUGCAUGACACCAUACUCUCACUCGCCUCGGACAGAUUCCGGUUACACGGGGUUUUCAAACCACCAGAACCAGUUUGGCCAUGUGCCCCUCAACAAUUUUUUCACUGACUCUCUUCUCUCUGGAGCCACCAAUGGACAUGCAUUCGAAACAAAGCCAGAAUUUGAAAGGAGGUCUUCCAGCAUCGCAGUCCUUCGAAUGAAGGCCAAAGAGCACACUGCCAAUAUUUCAUGGGCCAUGUAAUAUAUAGUACCCCUUUAUUUUUCUUUUCAUAGCAAAGUGAAAAAAAAACACAUUCUUCUUUCUCGUAUUUAAAGGAUGCAACAGUAAGCUGCUGUCUCUAUGUGUGUGUGGAUUGUGAACCGUCAGGCUAGAUGGGGAGGCCAGCUUACAAUGAAUACUAAUAUUAUUUAACAAUAAAAUCUAAGAAUGAAUCUGUAGAGGGACUAAAUCGGUUUACCAUACAUGGAUCUCAACCAAGCCUGUUUAGUGGUAAAGUCUUUUCUAUUGUACCAGUUGAUGAAAUAUGAUCAUAAAAUCUGCUAAAAGAAUAAAUGCAUUAAACAAA